AUGCAGUCCCGUUGCAGGCUCACGAUCAGGUGUGCAACGCCUGUGGCGCACAGCGAACCUGUGAUGUUUCAUCAAAAUUUGAAUGGACUUCAUCACGAAACGCCAUCGUUUCCUGUACAGUUUCCCUCAAUAACGAGGGUAUCAUACGGUGAUGAAUAUCGUCCACGAUCCCAAAGUGCUGACACACGUCGACAUUCGUUUGUGCAACGUCGAGUGUUCUCUGAGGACCAUGACCCCUUUGCCACUUUGCCAACACCGACCGCGCCGCCAUCGUCAGAGCCGUAUGGUGGUGGUCCUGACGCCGGUAGCGGCACGUUGCGCCGUCUUGGCCAAUUCACAAGCUACGACGAUACAUCCGCGACACUUCUACGACGACCUGCAUCGAACACGGUCCAGUUUCCGUCGACGUACAGGGAGCGAGUUGAGGAGCAACACACCCCGCAGUUUAAUAGCGCCGCCCACAAUUUCACACAGCACCUGCGGGAGCGCUCCCCGUCGAGUAGCUCGGCGCUCCUGAAUCUGCUUUCUCGUUAUCCGUCAGCUAAGCAGUCUGUGUACUCAUCUACAGUUGGCUCACCGACAGUAACACAACAACGAAUCUAUCGUCUUGACGAACGACCCGUCGACACACAUUCCUAUCGUCCCGCGGAUGCCGUGCCCGGCUACCCUCUGGUUGAACUUUCUGUGCCAAAACAGCAGCCCCAACAACAACAACAACAACAACAACAACAUCAACCGCAGCAACGUCAUCAACAGGUGCAAUCGUAUCAGCAACAUCAACAGCAACCGCAACAGCAGCAGCAUCAGAAUCCGUUGCAACAGCCCAUCUAUCUCAACGUCGCGUCACCACAUCGCACUCAAUCGUUACCUCUGAACGGCCAAGCACACUUGCCUCGUGAAAGCCCACUGAGCAUCUCUGUUUACAGCGAAUUCACUCAUUCGCCGACAUUUUCACAGUCAAGCGGAGGUGGUGGUGGUGGAGGCGACAGCAUUCGCAGCGACACAUCGCGAUACGUAAACGGUUUUGCGACAUUACGCCCACAGAACUCAAGCUCAACUGCAAGAGAGUUCGACAAUCGAUCCGAACAUAAAUUUUACUCGGAUACCCCGAACAACAACCACACCCCCAGUACGCGUAACAAGCGGUGGGAGGAUCUGUUGGACGUGACACAGCUUGAUUCGUUAUUGGCUUCGGUACUUGAGGAGAACAUGAAUCGAUCGACAACUGAGUGGAGCAACUCGUUUGCACAAGUACAAAACAGGUUCAAGAACCUGCCACCAGAAACUGGUGACAGUGGUCUGCUCCAUGGGUUCACAAGUUCUGGAGCACCGACGUUACCACGACGUGGCGGUUCACUGUUGAUGCAAAAAUCGGCCAGCCAUAAUGAGAUGAACAGAUCCGAUACGUCCGUAUUAAACUCAGCCAUCGAACGUCGUGCCGCUGAAGCUCCUGAGCUGAGAAAAUCUGGCGCAAUUGACAACUUUUGGAGUCACACAGUGAACAGCCGACCAUCAUCGCCGACGAUUCAACGGAUACCCGGCAACCUAACAGCUGCUGAACGACUGCAGAUGUUGCACGAAGAUACGCAUUCGCCGUCAAGUACAUUGAACAGACCAGGCACUGGUGCACAAUUGGCAGCCCGACGUGAACACUAUCUACAUGAAGCAUCGUCGGCUUCCACAUACACACCCCCACAUAGGGAUGCAGCUCCUCAACGACCUGGAACACCCUCCGUUCUGCUCAGGAGUUCAUCGCCAAACUUUUCCGAUCUGGACAAUGCAGUUCAAGAGUUGCAAUGUGGAGUUCGUACAACUGGCUAUUCGAACAGUGCCAGACGGCUAGGCGGAUGCGCACGCUUCCCGACGGAUGACCAUGCGCUCAGUCCUCCACGAGCUUCUAGUACAACUACUACAACAGCUACAACAACAUCACGACGAAUGAACUCACCAAGUCCUACAGACUCGAACAGUGAAACAUCUUCAGUGUAUCAGAUUCCUUCUGGGCUGCCACAUCCGAAGCCGAAACAUAACAUCAAAGAACAACUAUCAAAUGCCGGUGUGCAAACUUACAACUUUUUCCGCACUGGGUUACGUGUGAGCCCGAAUUUCCCCGUCCCGGUGACGGGUAGCGUGGCGUCGCGGAUCACAGAAUUCGAGAAGCGUCCCGGUACACCGACGUUGCAGAUUGCUAGUGCUCCACGUCAAGAGAAGAGCCCUGUGUCAAAUGGUCCAAUGAGCCCUAAAUCGACCGUUUACAAAAGCAAAGCUGUAAUUCACGUGGAAACUGGUUCAAGAAGUCCGCGGAGUCUCAACAAUAGCACUACCGUAUUCGACUUUCCUCCUCCAACAAAAGUAAGUCAAGUUUGUAUUAUGCCAUGCAAAUCGUUGAACAUAUCUCAUUUGUUGGACGCGAUGACGUUAAUGCGAUGA